AUGAGUGAUAAUUCGACAACUAAAUAUUAUACUAAUCUAUUGAUUGCCAAUUAUCUUAAGUAUAAUGGUUUGGAAGACUCAUUCGCUGCAUUCAUAAGGGAGACAGCAUUACCACUUUCUGCUUUGGAGAAGAUCAAAAGCUCAAUUGGUAAUGUCGGUGACGUACCAUUGGAAGACCUACAAACAGUUAUUGAGGAUAGAAUUCACUACAAAAAACUAUCAUUCAAAGAUAGGUUUAAAACUCUUUCAAUAAACGAUGAUUUAGCCCCAGUUGAUAACAUAAAAUAUGGAAUCCAGCCUUGGAACCAUGAUUUGAAAUUUUCCAUCAAUGUCAAUUUAAACAGAGCCUUACCCAAUGAUAUGUUGUUUAUCAGUGCCAAAUUUACCGAAGAUGGUAAACAUUUACUGCUUUCAUCGGCUACUGGGUGCCUUAUAGUCUACGACGUUCAGAAAGCGACAUCUAAGGCUCUUAAUAUUAAGGAAAAAAUCAAGAGCAUUGUCAAGCUAUAUGGAUACAUUGGUAGUUCUGGUUACCAAUAUUUGUGUUCAAUGAACGGAUUCUUCUACUUGCUAAACAAGGAUUUUGAACUUGUGCCUAACGCAGCAUGGAGAAUUCAUACAAGAAUGAUUACGCAUAUAAAGAUAUGCCGUGCUACAGCUUCAUCUUGGUUUAUUAUUACUAGUGGAAUGGAUAAUUUCUUGCGAUUGAGUUUGCUGGAGAUAAAGGAUGCAGAGCAUUUUCUUACACAACUUUCAGAAGUGAGGCUAGCUUCCAAUUGUACGUCGUUGAACGUCAUCGCUAAUUGUGAUAACGGUGACGGUCGCAAUAAAUUCUCUGUGUUUCUUACCAGGGCCGAAUUCACUCAUAUAACGUGUUACUCGAUUAAGGAUGCAAGGUACCUAGUUCAUUCAUACAACAUUGCCUUAAAUAAUGCAGAAUUCAGCACGUACGCUUUCAACGUUCGAGAUGUAAUAGUUGUAGAUUUUGUUCAUUCUAAUAAUAAGGAGACGAUAAAAUUGACGGCCAGCACCAUAUUGGUAGUGGCUACAUCACAUAAGCCCUAUAUGAGAUUGAUUUUAGUAGAAGUACCUAUGAAGACAGAUCAGUUAAAGUCGAUAAAAUCGGGUGAAGUCCAAAAGACAUACUAUGAUAAGGUUUUAAGGAAUUUUGCCACAGAAAUUUGUCAAGAUGAUUUUUCGUUACCAAUUCUCCGAAAACUGAAAUAUUCUAAUGGUAUUUUGGUAGGAAAUGACGACGGUAUUUACGGCGUUGAUUUGAUGAAUGGUGAUUCCCGACUUUUAAAUAUUCCCGAUAAGCCGAACAUUUUGCGUAAUAGGAUAAAGUGUAUGGAUGUGACUAAUGACCAAAUGAAGGUCGUCGCUGGAGUAUCUACCAAGUCAAUUUACAUUCUGGAUGUGAUUGAAAAUUCACACUAG